AUGUUCACCAAGCAGACUCUUCUCGCGUUGAUCGGGACUCUGGCCCUGGCCAACGCUUCUGAUCAGAAACCAACUCAGGCGGAGAUUGAUGCUGCACGGGCGAAGGUCCUGCCCUACUCGCCUGUAUCUAAUGUCAAGGGUCUGGCCUUCAACCGGUUUGUAAAUAUCUGGCUCGAGAACACCGACUUUGAAACCACUGCUGCGGACUCCAGCAUGUCCAAGCUGGCCAAGGAAGGUAUCCUCUUGAACAACUACUUCGCUGUCACCCACCCCUCGGAGCCGAACUACUGCAUGUCCGCUGGCGGUGAUGCCUUUGGCAUGGACGAUGAUGAUUACAACAGAGUCCCCGCCAAUGUCUCAACCAUCGCGGAUCUGUUCGACACCAAACACAUCGCCUGGGGCGAGUAUCAAGAGGACAUGCCAUAUGCUGGCUACCUGGGCGAGCGAUACCCGCAGAGCGGCCCGAAUCAGUAUGUGCGCAAGCACAACCCGCUGAUUCUGUACGAUUCGGUCACAAAUGACGCCGUGCGCCCGCGCCAAAUUAAGAAUUUCACCACCUUCUACGAGGAUCUGGAGCACCAGCGCUUGCCCCAGCACAUGUUCAUCACCCCGAACAUGACCAACGAUGCCCACGACAGCGACAUCCACGUGGCCGGUAGCUGGGUGGACCGCUUCUUGUCUCCCUUGCUGGAGAACAAGUACUUCACCAAAGACACCUUGGUGCUUGUGACCUUCGACGAGGCGGGCAACUAUACCCGCCCUAACCGGGUCUAUAGUUACUUGCUUGGUGGUGCUGUCCCCAAGCACCUAAAGGGUACCAGCGAUGAUACCUUCUACACCCACUAUUCAAUCAUCGCCUCUUUGUCCGCCAACUGGGGCCUUCCCUCGCUCGGCCGAUGGGACUGCGGCGCCAACCUGCUAAAACUCGUUGCGGAUAAGACCGGCUACGUCAACUGGGAGGUUGAUCUUGACAACGUCUUUAUUAACCAGACUUAUCCUGGUCCACUCUCCAGUGGUGAUCUUUCGGAGUUCAGCCCCGUGUGGCCGGUCCCUGCUACCGAGGGCGCUUGCUCUGCUGGUCAUGGAAUUGUUGAUAUUGUGAAGAAGACGUGGGACGGUCUCAAGCCUACCUACAACUACACAAGCCCUGUGCCGUAUGACGCGGUGUCUGGAAACAACGUUGGUAUCAAGUACCACCGUACUCUGAAGCACGGCGAGAAAGAGUCUGGUGUUACUGGCCAGUGA